GAUUCCCGGAACGGGCAAACUUUGUGGCAAAUCAACAAUACACUGGGGCUGAAGCAGCCUGCUCUGACGGUCCCAGACCUGGACGGGGAUGAAGUAGGGGAUGUGGCUCUGAUUGGGGCCAGUGGAGAUGAGACAAAGGUGGUUAUUGUUUCAGGAAAAACUGGCCGGCAGAUUGGUAUUGAUGCAGACCCUGGUCUCAGUGAUGUGAUGGGCCAUGUCAUUCAUGUCACUGCCAGUGGGUCUUACUAUAUUCUGUUUAAAAAAGACUCCGCUGUUUAUGGAUAUGCUCUGAAGAAUAUCGUUGCCAUGGCAAUCAAAACGCCCGGGAGUAACAUUAAACUGCAGCAGGAUCCCAAGUGGGAGGAAAUGACCAACAGCACCUCUGGAAAUGUGCCCAUUUACAAUUCGGGCUCUGUUCAGCACCUGUUGAAAGUGGGGAUCCAGGGGAAGAGUGCAGAGAAGCUGCUGCUAGUGACUGGGCAGUGGGUGGAGCUGAUAGACGGAGAGAGCUUGCGCUCCCUGUGGAGGGUCAACAUCACCAAGGUUACCAGCGAACCCGUUUUUGGGAACUUCAAUAAGGACGGUGUCCCAGAUGUUGUGAUUGAAGAUGAAAUUGGAAACGGUACAAAAAAGGUGGUGAUUCUGGAUGGCAGCUCUGGAGCGAUGUUGUGGGAGGUGGAGAUGCUGUCCAGCUCAACAAGACCAAAGCCUUCUACAUUGAACACUACAGACUACAGGUCUGCCUUCCUCUUCUGGGGGGAGAUCCCUGGUGAGACAAACACCACUGUAUCAUUGAAUCAGCAGCAUUAUUUGUACCUGCUUCAUCCUUCCUUUCCCAAAAUCCUUUUGGAGCUGAACAACAGCACUGAGAGCAUAGCAGCUUUCAAAGCGGUCCUCUUUGAGAAGAGCAGGCAUGCUGGCUAUGUGCUGCUGACCGGCCCCACAGAGCGGUCGGAGAUGGGCAGCGUGUCACUCGCCAAGCGCAAGCUGAAGGAGGAUGUCGCUGGCAGCAGGGUGGUGCGGCUGAGCCAGGAGGAGGGGCUUAGCGACCAGGAGAUCAGGGACCGCUUCUUCAGGCUGCGGUACAGCAGCAGCGCCUAGAGCACUGCACACACAUUGAGACUGAGGCUGCCUUCCACUCUCACACGAACGGCACAAACCUGAAACGCUCAGCGUCUUUUUAUGUCCCGAUGUGGACGAGUGCAUUCUCACAUGGAAGGUUUUGGAAGAAGACUGCAGUGUUGUGUGUUCUUGUUUUUUUUUAAAUUUGUGUCAUAAACCUUUCAAUAUAGGAAUGCUAAAUUAGCAUAUGUCAGGGCUAGGCAACUCCACUCCAGGGUUAAUAGACUACUAUAGGACUCCUGGUCAGGUGAUCAAGUAGUUGAAUUUAUUGAUUAAGAAGAACACAGUUGAAACAUAGACCAGGGCAUGCUUGCCUAUAUCACACUAUCAAUUAUGAGUUAUUUAUUUAUUUAUUGUUUGGGGUUCUUUACACUGUAGCUAUACAGCAAUUAUAUUAGCUCUUCUGUUUCUGAAUAUUGGAGACUUCGUAAUUGAAAAUCCUUUUUUUUUUU